AUGGCCUAUUCUCAGUCUCCAGCUUCCGAUGCUUCAUCGGACCUAUAUGCAGAGGUAGAUACGUCGUCGCAGCCCAACUUGACUUCGCGUGAGCGCCAUCAAGUUGCUUCGCCAGCGUCCGACCAGAUGUAUGAUGAUAGUCCUGUACCGCUCCCAGCACAAUCAAAAGGCAAGCGUAGAUUUGGCGCCGAGGACCACCAGACCCAAGUACCGCAAAAGAAGCGCAAGCUUGUACUCACUGCAGAACGUUACUUUUCUCCUGCUAUUCCGACUGUCGCCAACCUGCCUGCCGAGGUCUGGCAGCAUGUAUUCCUAUACCUUACUCCAGACGACCUUAGUCGUUGCUUGCGCGUUAGUCGCUUGUUCCGCUCCUAUCUUACCGAUCUCACCGCCACUAUGGGCAUUCGCCUACCGCCUCAUCGCAGUGGCUUGAAGCUUCUCGACAGCGAGGCUAUCUGGACAUCAGCCAGGAAACUGUUUGCCCCUAACCUCCCUCGACCCCUUGCUGGCUUUACCGAGAUGCACAUGUUCCAGCUUAUCGGAGGUAGGGAUUGUCAAGCUUGUGGUGCUUUUCCACUGCAUCCAAAUCAGCCCACUACCCCGUUCGACGCUGGGCCUGGUCCUGGCGGUGUGCGCGUUAUCUGGUCAUUUUCUGCUCGACUCUGCUCUGAGUGUUUUGAGCUAUACUCUGUCAAGGAUGUCGAUGUCGUGGUCUCUCCUGUCAACCCAUUGAGAGCUGGCUUACCCUAUGCUUUUUGCACACCGGAUUUACACUACAUUCCUGCUACCUUGCAGGCUCAGGCUGCUGCUUCCAUCAAGGGCACGAUGUUCAAGGUGUACUCGCAAAAACAUAUCGAUGAUCUUCAACAAGAACACCAGAAUGCUAUGGAGUUUGGCACUGCUGCUGCCGAGGAGUGGGUCAAAGGUCUGCCAUUACUCGGAAAACAGCAGAUGGCCGAUGCUGCUCGUUGGGAAAGAUGGGAAGCCCAACUUCCUCUUGGUUCCGACAUUUCCAAAGUGCUUAGAGACUACUUCCGUUCUUAUUCUGUUCCUAUGAUAGGUGAGGCUCCGGUCACUGUACCAUCUGCUGCAGUAACUGUAGUUGCGACACCUUCAGUGAGUGCAACUUCACUUCCAGCGCCUCCUUCAACCCAAAUGAAACAUCCUCUUCCAGCCCGAGUCGUUGCUGUCCCUACUGCAACCCAACCGAGCACCAGUGCUCAAAGUCCUCAACAACUAAGCAAANAGGAAUGGCGCGCACCUCGAAAUCUCAAAGAAGUCAACGAAGCCAGGGCUUCUCGACGGGCCGACAUUGAGCGACGAUGCUACACCGAAUUUCAGCCACCACUCAUGCCUAACGUCUUACAACACAUGGAAUCUUUCCACGCUGCUAUGCAGAUAACCACUCCAUUGACUGACAGCGCCUGGGAGGUCUUGAAACCUCGCCUUUAUGUUCAACGAGAUGCCGCUGAGCAGAUCGAGUACAUGAGAGAGGAACAAAUGCGUGCCCUUCAGGCAACAAUUCCUGAUCCUGCAUACCACGCUAUGUAUAGCCAGCCUGUUGAUCCAACGGUUCUUCAGCGUCAGUAUGAAGCUGCCCAAGCACCAAUCCGAAAGAAGCUUGGCAUGUACGCCGACGAUCUGAUUCGAAUCAAGUGGAAGAAGGGUAAAAUCCUUACUCGUGAAAGCUGUCCCGAAUUUGCGGUAGAGGUUCUGCUCUACGCCAGGAACAGAUUCGUUCAAGUUGAGCGGCCGCAUGACUUGCCCCAAGAUCAGAUAACUGACGAGUCUGAUUCAUGGUUCGUGAGUCUGGAAAAUAUGCGCUGGCUCUAUGACCAGAAAGUCAAGACAUACACCGACAAGUAUUUGCGUGAGCUGUUUCACUGCGCCGAGUGUAAGUCGCUCGGCAAGUCUUACGCUUUCGAAGGCAUGAUACAACAUUAUGGUGCAAAGCAUACAACCGAGUUCAGCAGGGGAAAUAUCGUUGUUCAUUGGCAAAGUGCAGAAUGGCCGGAAGAAUCUCCUCUAGAACCUUGCAACGGCGCCAUUCCUGAUCCGACUUUGCCUCCCAAGCCAUCUAAGAAAGCUACAGAGGGCGGCGAGGCUAGCCAACACCAAACAUUGGAUGAGUAUGGAGCUCCAGCUCAACCUGCAUACCCAGCUUAUCAGAAUGAAUCUUGGCUUGCGAAUGAUCAGGCUGGAUACUCGGCUUACCCUCCCGACGCCCAUGCCGGUUAUACUCCGUAUGGCUAUCCUUAUGCAAGUGGCACUCCAGCAGACCCUCAUCACCAGCAUGGUUAUUAUCCUCCUCCCGCCAACCCUGCGAGCUUACACCAGGAUCAGAUCGGCUAUCUCGCGAAUGCUGCCAGAGAUGUCUGGGACACCACUGCCGGAAUCAAGGGUCUGGAAGAGUGUGUUAGAGUUCACACCGUACUACAUCAUGUUGUCUCGAGAUUCAAGGCUCACUUUGGCCUGGAGCCGUCGCUCGAUCUGCUUACCGAUGCUCUCGUCAACCACGACCUCAUGCGACCUCUCAAGGAAGCGAGUGGAAUGGCCUGCAUGACUUGUAUAUCGAGCAACCUAGAUGGCUUUGUUGCUUUUAAGCCCUAUGCGAACCGCAUUGCCGACUACAAGCUGUACAACACUUCAUCACUUAUCACACAUUUCAAAACGGUCCAUCUUGGAAGUGACUCUGGACUGGAUUGGAAGGAAGACAUGAUUGAAUUACCUGAAGAUGAUAAUAUUCGUCAGUUGUUGAUUGCGGUCGGCAUGAACGACGAGAAGCUCGGUCUAAUCGCACAAGUUUUCCCCAAGCUUUUUCCUAAUCCGCUCCCAAAGAUCGGAGAGGUCAAGGAAGCUUUUAAACCACUGCCUAAGAAGGAUACAAAGUCAGAGCGUCGUGCUAAUCAGAAGAAGAAGAAACAGAAGCGUAAUAGCGGACAUCAUCCUGCUCCUCUGACUCAGGGCGAGACCUCGGAAGAGCAAUCUGAUACUCUCCCAGAGGCUGCCGAGGACGAAUAUGAUCCUCGACGCCCAGCCUUUAUUGAGCGAGAUAACCAGGGAUCAAAUCGCAAUGGCCAUGGCAAGAAGUCACAUGGUGACGGCCAACGACAACAGCCAUCUAUUGACCUUACACAACUUGCACCAGAAACUCUGGAAGCUCUCAGCCGCCUCCGCCCUUCUGACCCAGAGGUUCAGAAAGCUCUCGCCAGUAGGACCGAACGGAGUCCGUCUGUGCCCAGGGCUGGUGGUUCUAACCCUCCUCCGAUUGACGCUGAUCGCCGAAACCGCGCUGCAUUCGACGCCAAUCGUGUUGCCGCAUAUCCGCCACAAGAAUCUCGCGAUGACAAUCCGCGUUCAAAUGGUCGACACGAUCGUGGUGGUGUUGAAGAGCCUCCUGAGGAUUACACACAGAUCAUCCGUACACCUGCUGCUGGUCUGUACAAUCAGCAUGAGACUGCAGCUCCCGGUCUCUCGGUCCCACCGCAAGAUCGCUAUAUUCGCGUUGACUCACGUGGACAACCUUUGGAGCAUCUCCGGCACGAACCUGCGCCAUACGGCUAUGAGUAUGAUCCUCGCGCAGGAUAUCCAGAAUUCUACUCUCGACCGGGAUAUAGGGCAGAGCAUCCGCCUGUUUCCUAUGGUUAUGAACCAAGACCCGAAACGAUAUACGUGGAUCAGUACGGUCGUCCAGUCGAGGUUAGAGAGGAUCCGCAUGCU